UGGUUCCCAAUCAGAGGCUGCUGUCAAUCAUUGUCUCUGAUUGGGAAUCAUACUUAAGCAGCCUUUUUUCCACCUAAGGUUGUAGGUAAUUAUUUAUUUUCUGUGUGUGUUUGUGUGUGCCACUGUUGCGUCACUUUCGGUUUCUGUUUAUCUGUUUUUUGUGAGAGUUUCACUUCAUUAAAAGAUGUGGAAUAACAUGCACGCUGCGCCUUGGCUCAUCUAUGAGUUUAACUAGGAGUUUGAAGACAGUGAAUGUGACACUGUCCUUCAGCUUGGGGCUGUAUUCAAUGUCCUUCUGUUAUCACACAGCAGUAAAUACAUUGUCCACUAGAUGCAAAACAUUCAGAGUGAAAGGCUGUAGUACUUCUUCCAAGACAAAGCUGAUGGGCUGUAUAUAAGGCAUUAUGAACUGGGUGGUUCAAGCCCUGAAUGCUGAUUGGUUGACAGCCGUGGUAUAUCAGACUAUAAGGUCCACGGGUAUGACAAAACAUUUAUUUUUACUGCUCUAAUUACGUUGUUAACCAGUUUAUAAUAGCACCUCAGGGGUUUGUGAUAUAUGGCCAAUAUACCAUGGCUAAGGGCUGUAUACAGGCACUCCGUGUCGCGUCGUGCAUAAGAACACCCCUUAGCCAUGUUAUAUUAGCCAUAUACCACACCCCCUCGGGCCUUAUUGCUAAAUGAUGUAUAAAGGACAUCACUAGAUACUGUGUGAGGGUUAUGUGGUAACUGUAUUAUUAAUGUACUACGACUCAUAUCUUCUCUCUGCAGAUUGAUAUGCGGUAGAGACGACCGUGUGACACAAUCUACAAGAGACUUCUACUACGGAGCCCAUUUGUUUUGCCCAUCAGAGUGAGAAGAAGGGACUGAGACAGACGCAGGAAGCCAACAUGGACAUAUUCGGUGGUGCCCCCCGUGUACUGGGCUACUCGCGCCCCGUGGCGGCACAGUGUGGCACGGACGCCGUCCUGCAAUGCAAGAUCGGUGGCGACCCUCGUCCUGAGGUGGUCUGGGAGAAGAAGAAUGUACAGAUCCUGUCAGCGGGGCGCUACAGGCUGUCGGAGGAGGGCCAGGCCUACUUCCUACACAUCACUGGGGUCAGGCUGGAGGACGCAGGCCAGUAUAUCUGCAAGGCCAGUAACACCGUGGGUGAGACGUGUGCCCCUGCCACACUGAAGGUGGAGGGGAACAGUCAGGAGUGGGAAGGGGUACAGAAACAGACAGAGGUCAAUGGGGUGCAGCAAACCAGGCUGGAGAAUGGAGAGUUAGGGGGGCAACGGAAUGGGGAGUUUAGAAGGAAACAGAACAGGGAGUAUGGAGGGCAACAGAAUGGAGAGGUAGAGCAGAGGAAUGGAGAGGUAGACCAACAGAGCAGAGAGGUAGACCAACAGAGCGGAGCGGUAGACCAACAGAGCGGAGCGGUAGAGAAGGAAAAUGGAGAGGAGAGUGAGCGGGAGAAAAAGAAGCAGCGCUAUGAAGGGGAGCCCCUGCUGUCAGACGACAGACCUCACUUCCUCAUCAAGCCCCUCUCCCUGAGGGUGGACCGGGGCGAGGACGCAGCCUUCUCCUGUAAGCUGUCGGGCAACCCUCUGCCCCAGGUGGUGUGGGAGAAGGACGGGAAGACGCUGAGCGACAUCUUCGAGAGCGCCCACUUCAACGUCAGCAGCCAGGACGGAGGCUGGUUCCAGCUGAAGAUCUUCCGGACGAGGAUGCCCGACGGGGGUGUCUACACCUGCAGAGCCCAUAACAAUCAAGGAGGGGCGCUGGCGGGCGCAGUGCUGCUUGUGGAGCUCAUCCCGGAACGGCAGGAGAGCGGGGCGUCCACGUCAAAUGGGCACAGCAACGGGCAGACAUCACCUCAUGGUAUAAGGCACAGGAUGGGAAGACACGGUUUGUCGAGACAGCCGGACGAGCCCAAUCUGAACUUUGCCAAUGUGAAGAAAUUUGCGGUGUCGGAGGGGAAACAUGCUAAGUUCCGCUGCUUCGUGACAGGGAAACCUAAGCCUGAGAUCAUCUGGAAGAAAGACGGAGCGCCCCUGGAGGCUGGGAGGCGUCACCUUCUGUUUGAGGACAGAGAGGGUUACUACACGCUCAAAGUGAUGUACUGUAAACAUCAGGACACAGGGCUGUAUGUGUGUGCUGCGUCCAACGCUCUGGGACACACCCUCAGCUCUGUUUACCUGACUGUCAAAGCUCCAGCGGUGCGGUUCAGGCGGUCUCUGCAAGACGUGGAGGUGAGAGAGAGAGGCAUGGCCGUGUUGGAGUGUGAGGUACCUAAUGAGGGCAUCCCUACUGCCUGGUACCUGGAGGACCAGAGACUGCAGCCAGGGGGUAAAUACGGCAUAGAGCAGAACGGAGCCAGGCGCAGGCUCACUAUCCGAGAUGUAGGAGCGGACGACGAUGGGGUCUAUCUCUGUGAGAUGCCUGAUGGAGGGAGGAGUAUCGCUGAGCUGGCCGUCAAAGGCACAAUUGUUAAAAAACUUCCUCGAAAACUAGAUGUGUUGGAGGGGGAGAACGCAGUGUUCUGUGUGGAGGUAGAGGAGGAGAACAUGGAUGUCCACUGGUUCAAAGAUGGCCUGAAGCUACGCGAGAGCCACCAGACUAUCCUCAAGUCCUUUGGUAAAACCCACAUGCUGGUGUUCGUCAACGUCUGCCACGGGGACACUGGGGUCGUGACCUUUGUUGUGGGAAGAUCCAAGACCUCGUCCCGGCUCAGAGUCAAAGCUGCCAGACACAGCCCUCCCAUCUGUCCAGUGGGGGUGGAGAUGGAUGUGGACAGGCCCAACAGCGUGCUCCUCUCCUGGGAGCCGGCCCCCACCAGCCAGACCACCACCCGCUCCGUCUAUGUCCUGGAGAGACAGGGAGUGGGAUCACAGGAGUGGCUGAGGUGUGCGACCUCCGACACGGCGACCUCCGCAGAGGUCAUGGGCGACAGCGUGCCGUGCGAGGGCGAUUACCGCUUCCGUGUCUGCUGCAUCAAUAAGUAUGGCCGUAGUGGACACGUGGAAUUCCCUAAAGUCAUCCAUCUUGUGCCAGGUCCCAAGAUCAGGACCCAUCUCCAGGGCUGUGAGGUGACGGAGGGGGAGGACGCCCUGUUCUCCAUCGAUCUGUCAGUGAUGGUGACGGGCACCUGGUUCCUGAACAGUACCCAGCUACAGAAUAGCCAACACUACUCUAUCCAACAGGCCAAGACACAGCACUCCCUGGUAAUCCACAGCACCAAGGUGGAAGACCACGAGGCAGAGGUCACCUUCAUCGCCAACGGAGUCAGAGACUCAGCGGUUCUCAAGGUUCAAGCUGCGGUGGUGAAGUUCAGCCCAAUGUCAGAGUCAGACAGUAACAAGAGGGUGGAGACUGGUGACCCUGUGGUCCUGUACUGUGAGGUGUCCCACCCCUCAGCCAGCGUGGGCUGGUUCAAGGAUGGGGUGGAGCUAAAGGUGACAGAUGGCCUCAACAUCCAAUCAGAAGGCAACAUGAGGAGGAUCGUUAUCCAAUCGGCUGAGUUCACCGACUCUGGCGCGUACACAUGUGAGACGAUGGGUGAUGUCAUCAAAUUCAACGUGGAGGUUGAAGGUCCCCCUGUGCAGUUCAGUGAGGUCCCUGAGGAGGAGCUCCAGAAGUCUGCCAUGGAGCUGGAUCCUGUGGUGCUCACCUGUGAGGUUUCCAGAGAGGACGCCAACGCUACCUGGUACAAGGAUGGGGUUGAGGUCCAGGCCAGUGAUAACAUGACCAUACAAACAGAGGGCACCAUGAGGAGACUGAUCAUCCGUUGUGCUGAGACCUCAGAUGCAGGAACCUACAGCUGUCAGUCAGGAGACAACAGCCUCUCAUUCACUGUCAACAUCAAAGAGCCUCCAGUGAUGAUCGUGGAGCCCAAGGAGGACGUGAUUAUGGAAGGUCAUAUCUCUGAGCAGGUGGUCCUGCAGUGUGAGCUGUCCCGCUCCAGCGGUGAGGUCCACUGGUUUAAGGACGGCCUUCAGGUCCUGGAGACGGAGAACGUCCAGCUGACGUCCGAGGGACCGUACAGGAGGCUGACCGUCCUCUGCAGCUCGGCAGAAGAUUCCGGAGAGUACGUCUGCGACACGGAUGGAGACUCUGUGUUCUUCCAGGUCACCAUCACAGAGCUUCCGGUGCGAAUCGUCUCCCCCACUGAGUCUGAGCUGGAGCUGACCAGCCUGACGUCUGAGAGGCUGGAGCUCAGCUGCGAGAUCUCCCAGCCUGAUGCCCAGGUACGCUGGUACCGAGAUGGGCUGGAGGUGGAGGAGAGUGCCUCUCUCAUCCUGGAGGUCCAGGGAGCCCACAGGACACUGGUCAUCCCCGCGACCACUGUGGAGGACACAGGAGAGUAUGUGUGUGACACAGAGGAUGACUCGGUCACAUGGCUGGUCACUAUUACAGAGCCUCCUGUGAAGCUGUCCCGCUCUGAAACAAUGUCUGACGUAAUGGACUGUUUCUCUGGAGAACCCAUCGUCCUGGAGAUCGAGGUGUCACGGUUCAACGCUGAGGUGAUCUGGAUGAAGGACGGAGGAGAAGUGGAGGAGAGCAGUGAUGUCACCAUCACUGAGGAUGGACUCAUCCGCCGCCUCACCAUCCGCACGCCCGCCCCGGGGGACUCUGGGAAAUACACCUGUCUUGCCUCAGAUGACCUCAUCGACUUCCAGGUCAAGGUGUCAGAGCCCCCCGUGAAGAUUGUGAAUAGGUCAGAAGUCAAGACAGAGGUCAAGUCCCUGCCCUCUGAUGACAUCGAGUUGGAGUGUGAACUCUCCAGGGCCAAUGCCGUCGCUAAGUGGUACAAAGAUGGCCGCCGGUUAAACGAGGACGAGAGGUUCUAUGAGGAGGAAGAAGGGGCGCUCCGCUCCCUGGUGAUCCUUAACGCUGAGCUGGAAGAUUGCGGAGACUACUUCCUUGAUGCCGGAGAUGACAACAUCACCUUCCAUGUCACUGUGCAAGAGCCUCCAGUGACCAUCCUGGGGAACUCCGAGGACGCAGACUACCAGGAGAUGGUUGCCGGGGACGACCUGAUCCUGGCCUGUGAGGUGUCCCGGGCCAAUGCCCCUGUCCAGUGGUUCUGUAACGACAGACAGCUGACUAGCGAUGACCGGACCUACAUCGAGAGCUACGGCACGCUGAGGAAACUCAUCCUUUCUGACAUCCUGACCUCCGACUCUGGGAAGUACAUGUGUGAUGCUAUCGAUGACAAGAUGGUCACCAUGGUGAAGAUCCAAGUGCCUCGAGUGGUAGAGUUCUUGACAGAGCUCCACAACACCAUGGUGUUAGAGGGAGAGGACGCCACCUUCAAGUGCGUGGUGUCACCAGAGGACGUGCAGCUGGUGUGGGGGAUGGACGGCGAGCUCGUCGUCAUGGGUGACCGUUUCCAGGUAACGCAGAACGGCCUGUGUCACACCCUGGUGAUCAAGAGCUGUCAGAUCCUGGACUCCUCUAAGAUCACAGUGGAGGCUGAGGGGAACGUGUCUAAGGCCACCCUCAAAGUACAGGAAGCUCAGGUGACCUUCACUAAGAAGAUGGAGGCGGUGAUGGCCGAGGAGUACGGAGACGCUACCAUGGAAACAGAGGUCAGUCUGGACACGGGCGAGGUCCAGUGGAUGAGGCAGGGUGUGGUCAUCCAGCCAGGCCCCCGACACACCCUGGGCCAGAGCGGACGCAAACGCAGCCUGACCAUCUGCAACCUCAACCUCUCUGACCGUGGAACCUACCGCUGUGAAACCCUGCACGACCGCACGCAGGUCAAACUCAACGUGGAGCCUCGUAAGAUCGCCAUCCGUAAGGGUCUGGCGGAGACGGACACGUUUGAGCGGGAGACGGCCUCCUUCGAGGUGGAGCUGUCUCACUCUGGCGUGGAGGGCGUCUGGCAGAAGGACGGCAUCCGGGUCAAACCCAGCAACCACUGGCGGGUGAGCUGCAACGGGCUGGUCCACGGCCUCACCCUGUCCAACCUUACCCUGGAGGACACGGGCACCAUUGUCUUCUCUGCGGAGGGAGUCCGGACCUCUGCCAGGCUCACUGUCAAGGAGACUCCAGUGACUCUCAUGAAGAAGCUGGUAGACAUGAGACUGGAGCAGGGCUCUCCUGCCACAUUGGAGUGUGAGCUGUCCAGACAGAACGUGGAGGUCAGGUGGCUGAAGAAUGGGACAGAGCUGAAGCCAGGGAAGACCCAGUACCGUAUUUACUCCAUGGGGAGGAAGAGGUUCUGUCAGCUGCUGCAGUGUAGCCUCUCUGAUGCAGGCACCUACACCUGUGAUGUAGGAGACGUCAAUACAUCCUGUAACCUGGAGGUCUAUGAGCCUGAAGUGGAGGUGCUACAUGGGCUGGAGGACCUGUAUGUCCAGGAGGACCAGAAUGCUGUGUUCAUGUGUGAGGUGUCCAUGGAGGACGUGACUGGGGAGUGGUAUAAGGAUGGACACAAGAUACGACCCACUAGCACCAUCAAGAUACGCACAGAGGGGACCAAACACUUCCUUCUCAUGUGCAACGUUAAAGCUGAGGAUUCUGGGGAGAUCCGCUUUGUGACCAAACAGACAGAAUCAACAGCCUACCUAGAGGUGGAAGAGGCCCCCGUGUCUAUCGUGAAGCCUCUGAGAGACCGCACAGCUCUGGAGAAGCACCGCGUGAUCCUGGACUGCACCGUGUCCACGCCGCGCUGUGAGCUCACAUGGUACAGAGGCAAGGCAGAGCUGGUGUCUUCUGAUAGGCUAGAGAUCCACAGUGACGGCUGCUACCAUAAACUGACCAUCCACGAGGCGACUGUAGAGGACGAGGGUACCUAUAGUAUAGAGGUUGGGGAGCACACGUCCACAGCCCAACUCCUGGUGGAAGCCCAGUCCCUGGUGAUAGAGACAGAGCUGGAGGAUGUGGCUGUGACGGGUCCUGACCAGGCCUGUUUCCAGUGUGAGGUGUCCGUGGCCAUCAGCAGGCCCCCAGUCUGGACUCUGAAUGGAGAGACCCUCCAGUCCAGCCCUGAUGUCCGCUUAGAGAACCACGGAACCGUCCACAAACUGAACCUGAAACAGACCAGACCAGACAUGAGCGGGACGGUUACCUUCGCCAUGGGAAAGGCCAAGAGUAGUGCCAAACUGAACGUGAUGUGGAAGUAGAGGCAAGGGGGAGAGAAUGGGAAAUGUUGAUUCUGUUAUGAUCAGGAAUUGAAUGUCUGAGACUGUUUUAGGGUUUGAAGGUACUAUAUAAGAAUGUGGUCUAUCUGAUCUAGUAAAGCUGCAUGUAAUGAGCGAGACAGAAAAGUAGAAUGUGAUGAUGAAAUGUGGUACUUAAGCCCCAAACAACUGUUUCAGGAUCAGUUUUGUUUUAUUCAAUGGUUGGGGUUAUGAGCAAAGCUGAUCGUCAGUCAGUUGUAAAGGGCAGAAAGUAACCUUGGAGAGAAAUGUUAAGAAGGAUGGAUUCCAGUCAAGUCAAAAGGUGAAAUCGGUAUGCAACACUUGUGUGUCUGAAGGUGUUAGAAUGGUUUAUAAUGGUGGGUAUGAAUGCCUGUGUGUAUGGAUAUAAAUCAAUUGUACACAUGUUACACAUUUAUUUUGAAAAUAUAUUGAUUGGAAAUUAAUUUUAAUUCUAUAAUUAAGUCAAAAAUAUUUUUUGCUAAAUAUGUUAUAUUUUCCCCAGUCAUUAAAUACUGACAUCCAUAGUUUGAAUGAAAGUUUUUAUCCAAUAAAUCCGUCAGACAAUAUCUUAGGAUAGAGCUUACAAACAUUGUUACUUUUGAAUGUGCUUCGAUGUCAAAUCGUGGCUUUUUGUGUUGCUGAGUAUAGACUGCCUGAACACAAAAGCACCUGCACUGGUUUAUAAUUAUGUUGUAUUUAUGGAAGAUAUAAUCAAACAGUUCAAUACAAUUGGUAUGACAAAAAGACUGUCCACAAACUACGUUACAGCUAUUCAAUCAUAAAUCACAUGAAUAAUCCAUAAUAUAUUAAUUUCAUUUUUUGUUUGCUUUAUUACAGUGCAAAACAAAAUAUACAUAUGUGUAUAAUAUAAGCAUAUAUUAUUUAAAGUGUUUGAAUACAGGAAGAAGAGGUACAGCAAUAGGUCAAGGUCCUCAUGGUGAUAGAAAGCUCUCUUCCAAAGCACUGUGAAUGACUAGGGAACAGCCCUGAAGCAGUUGAAAGGGACUGGAUCUACAACAGAAAAUAUCCCUGCUGAGUUAUGACAGGAAUCAUGCCUUGAGAUACUAAAAAAAAACAUUUAAAAUGUGUUUAAAUCAUAUUUAGAUGUCACAUUAUCUAAAUGGCUGUGGGUGGCUUGAAUUUCAAACCAGGAUUCCCCCAGUUCCUAUUAAGUGUGUGAAUCCAUUAAUGCAUUGUUAGAGAGCCCACAACAUUCUGGAUCUGUACUAGUGAUUUCUGUGCAUCCUUUGGAUAAUACUAACAAAGGGCCAAUCCACUUGCCAAAAGAAAGAUGAAAAAAAAUGUAUUUUGUAUCUAACUUGAUUGACACAGGCACUUGGUGUUUUAAGUUGGAAUGUGAAAUUUAGUAAAACAUGUUUAAAUUUAUCUUAUUUCUUAAUACUGAUAGAUUUAUCAUGGGUCUACUGGUUAUUUAAACUCUGAAUCAUCUUAUUUCACAAGGUAUUUUAGUAGGCCUUUAGUCAACUCCAACACAGAUGCUUUUCCCCAUGCAUUCAUAAAACAGUAUUAAUCGAUACGAAUCACUCAAUCCAUUAAACUACUCUUGCUGUUCACUUCCUGAUAGACCAUCUUAGUUUUUACUUACAAAUAACAAUUAUUUUAUUGCUCCAAACCCAGGUAAGUACCAAUUAAUAUAGUCCUACCUUGUGUGUCAGAA